AUGACCCACUCUUUGGUUUGUCCAGAGACAGUGACCAGGGUGAGUUCAGUACUGAAUCGCAACACUCGGCAGUUUGGAAAGAAGCAUCUGUUCGAUCAGAACGAGGAAACGUGCUGGAACUCGGACCAGGGCCCCUCCCAGUGGGUGAUACUAGAGUUUCCUCAGCGCAUCCGUGUCUCCCAGCUGCAGAUCCAGUUCCAGGGGGGUUUCUCCAGUCGCCGGGGUCACCUGGAAGGUUCCCAGGGGAAUGAGGCUCUUAGCAAGAUUGUGGACUUCUACCCUGAGGACAACAACUCACUUCAGACCUUCCCUGUGCCAGUUGCCGAGGUGGACCGGCUGAAGGUGACAUUUGAGGACGCCGCUGACUUUUUUGGCCGAAUUGUCAUCUACCACCUGCGCGUGCUGGGGGAGAGGGCGUGA